CCCAACACGUGCACACACCCUCUCCUCUCAUUUCCCUCAUUUUCUCUUCAACUGCGUUCACUAGGGUUUUCUCUCUCUGUCUCUAUCUAGGGUUUCAUAGAGAGUCCAUCCUAAGAUGAGUAGCAACAACAAAGAUGAGCUCGACUUGUCCGAUCUCGGCGACGCCCUCCCCGCGGCAGCCGCCGCUCUUAGCGCAGAGGAUCGUGCUGGUCUUGUCAAUGCCCUAAAGAAUAAGCUUCAGAAUUUGGCUGGGCAACACUCCGAUGUUCUUGAGACUCUGCCCCCGAAGAUUCGGAAGCGAGUUGAUGUUCUCAGAGAGAUUCAGAGCCAACAUGAUGAGUUGGAGGCGAAGUUUUUCGAGGAGAGAGCAGCCCUUGAAGCUAAAUACCAGAAGCUUUACGGACCACUGUACGAUAAGAGGUGUGAAAUUGUAAAUGGUGUUGUAGAAGUUGAAGGAGUUACAAGUGAAGCCACAAUGGACCUCGAGGAUGAUAAGUCUACAGAAGCCGAGAAAGGUGUUCCCGAUUUUUGGCUCAAUGCAAUGAAGAAUAAUGAAGUAUUGGCUGAGGAGAUCUCAGAGCGCGAUGAAGAGGCCCUCAAAUAUCUUAAAGAUAUCAAGUGGUGUAGGAUUGAUAAUCCCAAGGGAUUUAAGCUCGAGUUCUUCUUUGAUACCAAUCAUUUUUUCAAGAACUUGGUUUUGACAAAAACAUAUCACAUGAUUGAUGAUGAUGAACCUAUUUUAGAGAAAGCAAUAGGAACGGAGAUUGAAUGGUAUCCAAGUAAAUGCUUGACUCAGAAGAUCCUUAAGAAGAAGCCGAAGAAGGGGUCUAAGAGUGCAAAACCUAUUACAAAGACUGAAAAAUGUGAAAGUUUCUUCAACUUCUUCAGCCCUCCCGAGGUUCCUGAGGAUGAAGAUGAUAUUGAUGAAGAUACUGCGGAAGAACUUCAGAACCAAAUGGAGCAAGACUAUGACAUUGGUUCAACCAUUCGGGAUAAAAUUAUCCCCCAUGCUGUCUCGUGGUUUACGGGGGAGGCUGUUCAAGGGGAUGACCUUGAAGACAUAGAUGAUGAGGAUGAGGAUGAAGAUGAUAAUGAUGAUGAAGAAGAUGAGGAUGAAGAUGAAGAAGAUGAGGACAAUGAUGAGGAUGCAGACGAAGAUGAAGAGAAGGUCAAAACCAGCACAAAGAAGCAGUCGUCUGGAUCAAAGAAGAGUAUGCGAGCUCUAGCUAAGGAAGGUCAGCAAGGUGAGCGUCCACCAGAAUGCAAGCAACAGUAGUAAUCAGAUUGCAGACAUCUUCGCUUGGGAACACAGGGUGGGGUGAUGUUUUGAGAGUUUUGGGUCUUUGAUUUGCCCCCCUGUUUAUUGAAAUUGUUUCUCUCUCUCAUAUUUUUUCUUGUGAGGAACAUUUAUAUUUUGUUGGGUAUCUUGGUAUUUCAUGGGUUGGGAUUGUUGUGAAUUUUAAUUGGAAAUACAGUGAAUUUUAGUUUUUAUGUUUCUUUUUUUGUAUACUUUCAUGAGUUAUUAGGGGACAGAAUGGAACAGUUGCCUGAGAGAAUCAGGACAAGACGAGGAGUGUAUUGUGUAUAAUUUUUAGUAAUAUUUGUAGGGUCUCAAGCAUUUGUGAUUGUGAAUGGAUAUUAAGCUGAAAUUUGAAAGCGAAUUCACUUUUCA